AUGCAGAUGUCUGAUCGUGAUUUCUACAGGGCCCCAGAAGUCGGACAGGUGCACAGUACUUUGGAGGUAGGGCAUCAACCUGAUCCGCCCCAGAUUUAUAGUACUUUGGAGUCCCGACAGCCCGAUUUCUCACUAUUCGACACAUACAAGCAAUCGACUACCGUGUUACCUCAACCUGAGAUCUCUGAUGCCUCGCUCGAUACACCAAGCAAUAUAGAGAGCGAUAAUCAUACCACACUCGUCCGGGAAGGUCGUGGCCCACGCAAAAGAGCUAUCUGGAUCCUCGUAGCACUGGGCAUUGUCAUCAUAAGUGCCGCUGCUGCAAUAGGUGGUGGUAUUGGAAGUACCCGUACAAGCCAUCGCUCGGUCAGCUCAGGUUCUUUGAGUGAUCAAGCGCCUUCGUCAACAAUGACCAAAAUGAGCUCAUCGGCAAAGUCGUCGUCAACCAUUAUUUCUAGUGUCUCAAUCCCGACCAUGUCGACCGCGUCUUCCUUUCCCACGCCAGCAGCAAAGCUUAACACUACACUACUCAACACCACAAAACUUGCCUCUGUAGUUUGGAAUAUCAAUGGCGUGACAGAAUAUCGAAUGUGGUAUCAGACGGAAGACAACAUGAUUAGGGAGGUUGGGAAGAAUGACACGGGAAAUCAGUGGUAUACAUCCGGCCAAUCGCAUGGACCGGCGAAACGUGGCUCGCCAAUCGCAGCUUCCUACACGGGUCCUCCGGAUUGGCCGAUCGAAAUUAGCCUAUUCUACCUUUCUGAGGAUGGUAGUAUAAUCUUUACGAAAUUCGAGGAGAAGGACCAGUCCUGGAGUCCGAGCAGCCUCAGUGAGAUCCCUGCCGAUGGUUCAAAUUUAGCUACACUCUGGUUUAGACACGAUGAAUGUAACGAUUGCUCGAACGAUCUCCUGCUUGUGUGCCAAAAUAGCGACGAUAAGUUAGCAUUAUUCAACUCGACCGCUAACGCGGGGCCUCAAUGGAUAACAUUAGACGCCUAUCCAAUGCCAGGAACAGGAUUGGCUUUCAACCUCGUGCAUGGAACAUACGAUACGGGAGGUUUGUUUGUGGUUUAUCAGACCGCUAAUCAAGCACUCUGCUCAGCCAGCUUCAAUAAAUCCCAGGGCUGGACUGUCAACGAAGGCAACCCUAUUUCCGAACUAUCUACACAGGCACCCCUCGCCGGCUUUACCUGGAAUGUAUCCGGAGCUGAGUAUUUGGACAUUGUGAGCACAGGCCCAAGCGGUGUUACUGUCAAUUACUUCAAUUUCACGAACGGCGACUGGACCUCAGUACCGAGUUCUGGAGUCUUGGCCCAGGUCCAAAACUACUCCUCCAUUGCUGCCAACGCUGCGUCGCACAUCUAUGCUUUCCAGGAUGGGAGUGUGAAGGAGUAUCAACUUGCACCAGCCGGUAGCUUGAAUUGA